CAUCUCCUCCCCCACAGUCCCCGAUCUUGAACUUCUACAGAAUCCACGAUGCUGUUUCGCUCCAAAGCUGUAAAUCUGCGGCAUAUUCUGCUGUCCGUCCCUAACUCCGCGCGGCGCGCGUCUACGUCCACCAGCGGCCUCGCACCUGGGAUCCCUUUCACCCCUUUGGCUCCGAGCUCAUUCAUGGAUGUGAAGAUGCCUGACAUGUCAGCCAGGAUACCGCUUCCCCAGCCUCAGAUUCCGUACAUGCCAGAUUUCUGGGAAUCGUCCGUCUCAAGAGAUGCGGACAAUGCCUCCGAGAUGGUCCUGCCCAAACUGUCUGUCCUGGCCGAGCCCGGCACCGCUUCUCACAAUCUCCUUGAUGCAAGCCUCCUGGCAGAAUCGACUUCUUCUUCUUCUGUUGCUUCUCCGAGUUCUGUGGGUCCCGAUGGCCAAAAUGGCCUCCUCGAGGAUAUUGCCGAGGACCUCGGGCUUCCAUCGCCCAAAGCCAUGAAGCGCGCCGUUUCCAAUCUUUUCCAAAAUUUCAAAUAA